UUUGCUUUGAUUACAAACCGCACCUCAAGGGUCAGACCUUGAGGUGUUAGGGGGGGUUUCGUCCUUAUGCUUUUUAUAAGGGGCAUUUAAGAAAUUCGAAAUAUUCAGGGUUUAUCAGUUUUAGGUUUUGUAGGGGUUUUCAGGAUUUCCUGUGUCUGUGUCUGUGUCUGUGCUGAGUGUUUCCAAGGCAGGAGAAUGGCUACACGUUUUGGUUACGCUGCUUCGAGGUCGCUAAUGGCUGCCGCAAGAUCUUCUAUCCGCUCCGCAGCCCCUCGCGCGCCUCGUCUUCGCUCCCCUCCAAUCACCACAUUACCCAACUUCCACCGCCGUCGCCUCCCCUUAACUUCCAGGUGGAUGGGGGAAUUGGGCUGCCUACAGUCAAUGGUGCCGCUCCACGAUGUGAUUGCUUCUGCUCGACUGACCUCUCAUCUCUCUGUCAACACCCGCGGCUGCUGUGAGCUGUCUCAGGGUAUCCUUCUCCCUCGCACUUGUCCUGAUCGCUAGUAUUUUCUUUGUACUUGAAUCGUGGUGGGAUUGACAAGACAGUCACUGAGACAGUCGUCUUGCCAUUGUCAUGGGUAAUUCAUCUAAGGGCGCUUUAAUUCCUUAGUGUGAGCUCUUCCAGAAUCAUGAGAAUGUGGACAAAUUUUGCUCAGUUUUUGCUUUGAGUUUGCUUUGACUUUUCCUUGUAUCUCGAAAGGUUGAUUCAGUUGAUUUACCAGAAAUCAUACUUCUUUAUUUUUUAUGCAAUAACUGAUCUUGAACAUAGUGUACCGCCCCUAAUUGAACAUGAUGAUGCAAAUCAUGCUUGUCUUUAUACGAAACAAAGAACAAACUCGCUUAA